AGAGAGGAGUCACGUGGUGCCGGAAAUAAAGUGCGCAACAGUGUAUCGAGCUACUCAUCACUGACCGCGGAAUAACAACACACCGCGUUAUUAAAUAACGUCGCGCUGAAACUAACAUCCGUUUCAAUUGAGUGUUAAUCAGCGGGUGGACAUGACGCUGAACCGAAACCAUCACCCGAACGGAGGAAUCCUGAUCCAGGCCGGGGAGAGCAUCUUGCGAGAAUGCAAGAACGUUGAACUUUCUUUCAGUGACAUCACGCCCAAAAACGACCUGUUCAGGGGGACCAAGAAGGGCUCCGUCUACCUCACCCAGUACAGGAUGGUGUUUGUCAGCAGUACAAUGAAAGAGAAGUUCUGCUCCUUCAUGUUCCCGUACUAUCUGAUGAAGAACUGCAGCAUCGAGCAGCCGGUGUUUGCUGCCAACUACAUCCAGGGUUUGAUCAAAGCCGAGGCGGGAGGUGGAUGGGAGGGUCAGGCCAACUUCAAGAUGUCUUUCCCCAGCGGAGGAGCCAUUGAGCUGGGACAACACCUCUUCAAACUGGCCACCAACGCGUCUCGAGCUCCCCCGGCUCAGAACGGAGCGUUCGGAUUGCCCGCAGGGAUGAACGGAUACGCCAGUCCAGCCAUGCCACAGCCGUACCCGUACCCGUAUCCCAGUAUGCCGCAGGCCGGGUACAACCCCUACCCACAACCCCCUGCUGCAGCAGGUGUGUAUCCCAGCGCUCCCAUGUACAUGGCUCCUCCUCCUCCGUAUCCCGGACCUCCUCAGGACUGGUGUCCGCCUCCAGUGGCUCCAGGAAAUGCCAAAGCAGCAGAAGCGGCCAGCAGCGCCUUCUACAAUCCCAGCAACCCUCACAACGUCUACAUGCCCAUGGAUCAGCCGCCUCCGUAUUUCCCACCUGAGAAUCCAGACAAGAAGAACAACUGAACGACACGAACGCGGACUCUUGCGGACGAUGACGGGAGCGAUUCGCUCGUGUGCUGGAUGACUCUUUCUGAUCGGUUCAUUUGAUUCGGUGUGUUUGUCUCUGUCAGAGCUGCAGCAGCCGAUUCAUAUAUGCAGUUUUACUAUUUACCCAGAAAAAAAAGUACAAUUAACACUUCUGUUUCUGCUUACUCAGUUUUUAACCCUGGUGUGUGUGUGUGUGUGUGUGUGUGUGAGAGAGAGAUGCUGGACUCUUCUGUAAAUUCCUUUUUGAUAAUAUAAUAAUCAUAAUUAAUAGUAAAGUAGGUGAUGGUGGAUCAGUAUUGAUGGAGUUGAUGUAGAGGGAUGAAUAAAGCUCUAUAUUCUCUGA